GGCUGGUGCAAUGAUUUGGGAUCUCUUCCCCCUCCUCCUCCUUGCCUAUACAGAGGAGGACUGAAAGAGGGAGAGGGAGCGAGAGAGAAAGAGAGCGAGAUUAGAGUACAGUGAGAGAGAAAUCAACACUCAACGAGGGGAGAAACCCAAGAGACGAGAGUGAGAAGAGACAGAGUGAGAGCGAGAGAUACAGGAGACAAGUCACAUGAAGAGAAGAGAGGAGACACAUCUUUAUAGCUGUCGAGCUGAAGCCAAGUGGGAGUAGUGUGUUUCGUUGGACUAAAUCUCUUUGCUUUUCAGAGCCCACACACAGACACAAGUGAGUGUGUGUCCUGCUGGUGCCUUACUCGUGAAGUGUGUGUGCUAAAUGCUCGGGACUUUGAGUGUGCGCGUGUGUGAGACCAUGUGGAGGUUCGCGACCUUGUUCCUUCUAGCCCACCUGGGGCGCAGUCUGACAGGGGCAUGGAGAGCCUCCCUGCCGCGCCUGCAGUUCACUCACUCAGAGCUGGUGCAGAAUGGCCGUCUCCUAUCCCUGCCCCUGGUGGCGGGGGACAUGCACUCUCUGCUGCCAGAUGAAGAUGGCCGUCGGCUCUACGUGGCCAUGAAGGACAACCUGCUGUCCACCAGCCUGGACGACAUCACACAGAACCCCAGCAAGCUCUACUGGCCAGCAAGUCCAGACCGGGUCCAAGAGUGUUUGAUGGCUGGAAAGGACCGGGAGUUGGAGUGCGCUAAUUUCCUGCGAGUGCUGCAGCCCUACAACCAGACCCACCUGUAUGUGUGUGGAACGGGAGCCUUCAACCCUCGCUGUGCCUUCAUCCCUACCACCGUCUUCCUCAAGUCGGAGCGACAAACUCUAUCAUUUGGACAGACUGAAUGCGGGAAGGGAAAGUGUCCAUAUGAUCCCCACCAGAGAACUGCCUCCGCCAUUAUUGAUGGGGAGCUGUAUGCUGGGAUCUCAUCUGACUUCAUGAGUCGAGACUCGGCCUUCUUCCGCAGCCUGGGCAGUCGUCAUGUGAUCCGCACCGAGCAGUACGAUUCCUCCUGGCUGCAGAAUGCCCAGUUUGUUAAGGUGGCCUGGAUGGCGGAGACUGAUAACCCAGAGGAUGAUAAGGUGUACGUGUUCUUCACUGAGCGCGCUCAGGAGGCAGAGGGGGCUGCUGGGAAGGUGCUGUACUCCAGAGUGGCGCGUGUUUGCAAGAAUGACAUCGGGGGCCAGCGGAGUCUGGUGAACAAGUGGAGCACCUUCCAGAAGGCACGUAUCGUGUGCUCUAUCCCUGGAUCCGACGGGAUACAGACUCACUUUGACCAACUACAGGACAUCUUUAUCCUCCAUGAUGGAAAGGACAAGAAGAACCCUCUGAUCUACGGCCUCUUCACCACAUCUAGUGACAUUCUGAAUGGCUCAGCGGUGUGUGUGUACCGCAUGCAGGACGUGGUCCGGGCAUACAAAGGAAACUUCUACCACAAGGAGGGACCACAGUACAAGUGGGCCGAGUACACAGGAAAGAUCCCCUACCCAAGACCUGGCACAUGUCCCAGCAGCACAUACGGUAGCUACAGCUCUACCCGGGAGUACCCCGAUGACGUCAUCUUCUUCAGCCGUACCCACCCUCUGCUGCAGGAGGCGGUGCUUCCGCUGGGAGGGCGCCCCUUGUUGGUCAGGGUGGGAGUGCACUACAAGUUCAGCCGGCUGCUGGUGGAACGAGUAGAGGCAGUGGAUGGACAGUAUGACGUCCUGUUCAUCGGCACAGACUCUGGCCAGGUGCUGAAGUCUAUCCACCUCCCUAAAGAACACGGUGUUCCCCAGGAGGUCACCCUGGAGCAGCUGCAGGUCUUCCAGCACAAGUCACCUGUGACGACCAUGACACUGUCCAAGAAAAAGCAGUGGCUGUUUGUGGGUUCUGCAGAGGGUGUGGCCCAGUUGGCUCUGUUCCAGUGUGAGUUGUACGGCCAGGCCUGCGCUGAGUGCUGCCUGGCCAGAGAUCCCUACUGCACCUGGGAUGGACACGCCUGCAGCCCCUUCAUGCCCAUCGCACGCAGGAGGAACGCUCGUCAGGUUGGUGUUGAGGAGGAUCCCCUGACCCAGUGUGUCAUACAAGGAGCCGGUCUGCAGGUGGAAGCAGAACAGAGGAUGAUGAUGGUUGCAGAGGGUAACAGCACAUACCUGGAGUGCCUGCCCAAAUCCAGACAUGCGGCCGUGACCUGGUACAAACAGGCAGGAGAGAACAGCCCUGAGCUGAAUCAGUUGCAGUCGGGAGAGCAGCUGGUGGUGACAGAGAGAGGUGUUCUGAUCAGUCGGGCCGAGACGGGUCACUCUGGUGUGUACCACUGUCAACUGGAGGAGCACGGCUUCCACUGGACCGCCGUCACUGUGCAUCUGAGUGUGUGGAGCCCCUCCCGUGCCCUCUCCUGGUCCACCAGCAACCGCAACCCCAACUCCAGCCCAGACGCCUCCCAACCCUGGUACCAGGACGUCAUGGCCCUCAUCCACCCCAGCAGCCUGGAGCAGCACUGUCAGAGGCUGGGCUUCCGGCGACGACGCAACCGCGGCCAGGAUCAGACCAAGGACAGUGACCACAAGACAGGGGAUGGCCCCAGGGGCGAGAGGCACAAACAUGGAGGUGGAGGAGGGGGAGGAAGAGGAGGCGGGAGGAAGAGCAGGAGCAAACCCAAGCAGAGGUCUCCGCGAAGCUCUUAGAUGCUCCACUGCGUACAAUGUGCUUUCUCCUGACUUUACGCUCUCAAACACUGUCUCACUCUCACAAACACACACAUACACAUUUACAAAAACUCAUAUUCAUGUAGAAUGGGGACAUAGGAGGCUCUGCGUGGGCCGGACUCAGAAGUGUGAAUGUGGUUGCGUAGCGUGUUGGAUGAAGGAUGUACAGCAUGUCCAAGAGACUGGUAGAGAAUAUAUUAAGGCGUGAAGAGGACCUGGAAGAAUGUGGUGUCUCAUAAGACAGGGAAAAAAGGCCCUGAAGGUGAAGCUAGGAUCUGUCCUAAUGAAAGACAGAGAGGGAGUCAAAAGGACACAAGCAUGUGAGAGAGACAUAAGUGUCUCUCGAGGUAAACAAUGUGUGAUUUGUCUUUGAUGUAAAAAAAGAAAAAGAAAAAAAGAAAAGAAAAACAAUUGCUACAUUUUCCUUAUUUAACUUUGUGUGUCAUAUUUAUUUCUGUUUUGAAUCAAACGGUUAGUUUCAGUAGUUGUAUGAGGUCAGUUGUAUUUAGUAAAAGCUCUGUGGUGUUCAUUAGGCUUUCAACUCAAGCUUGACUCCUCACAACUGGCCUCAUUGAUGCCGGGUGUGUUUGACAUUAGCGCACAAAGAAAUGAAAAGGGGAAACUCCGAGUCAAACCAGCAAAUCUGCCAAAAUUAAAUGCAGCAAAGCUAAAGCACUUUUAAUGCUGUAGAAAAAUAAACGUUCGUUUCGAGCUCUGGAGCAGCUGCAUAAAUGCAGAGAGGCCUUUUAAAUGUGGCCAGACUUCUUUUACCACAUAAAAGACGGAACCAAUACUGAGCAAGGUCCUCGUUAGUGUGUGUGUGUGUGUGUUUUAUUCCCUACCAUAAAGUAUGAUGGAAUCCAUAAAGAAAGUAUUUUGAAAUGAAACAUGUAAUGUUUAUGCUUUCCUCAAAGACCUUGUUCAGAUCUUUCCCUCAUUCAUUAUAUGCGCUUUUGUAUUUCACUCUGUAGCCUAUAUUUACGUCUCUGUGCCAAUAUUUCUUUGCGAAUGGAAAUAAAAUGUUUUCAAUUGAUCUCUCCCAAGUUAAGGAGACACACAGUGUAGAUACACCAUUUUGCCAGUAUGUUUUCUUACUUUCCCUUUUUUUGUGGCAUAGGAAGCUUGUCCAUCAUCAAUAAGACGCACACAUGGAUACGCACACCCACACUAACACAGCGUGUGGAAACAAGAUAGAUCUGGAAGAUGUAAUCCAUCGUCAAACAACCCACAUUUCCUCAUCCAAUAUCUUCCCAUUUUAAAAGAAUUCAUUCGACAUUAAAAAAAAAACGCAAACAUUAAAUGAGUAAAUAGAAACAUUGAAAUAGCCAAGUGGUUCUGACAAACAGGAUAUCCUGUCGGGUCUGAACUGGAAAAAAAGGAAACCGCACAUACAAACAUGCUCAGUGCGUAGUGCCGUUGGGAUGGAGGGAGAGGUGGUUAUGUGAAGGUGAGAUGUCAAUCACCACGGUUCUGAUUUGACUGAACGUUUGCCUUCUGUAAGCUGCUCUCUCCGGAGUAGCACAGAACAUAACAUGCUUCAGGGCCUUCAGGUCUCCUCAAGUCCAACUAGGACUUCAUCUAAAUGGUAGUGAGAUAGCGUUUAAACAUAUGGUAUGUAUAUCGUUGUGUGUUUGCCUCGGUACUGGUGUCCUCUAAACAAAUAAACAAAUUAACGUACAAUUUACAA